AUGCAGGGGGAAGACUAUGAGGACUUUGAGGAGGAACAGCCCCAGAACUGUUCCAUCGCUGAGCAGAUCAGAGGAGGCAACGUGUCCUACUCUCAGGCAGGUACUGAGGGCAGCGUGCUGACCUAUCACUGUAAGGCAGGAUACUACCCGUACCCCAUCAGCCAACGGGUGUGCAGCGCCGAUGGGGAGUGGUCCACCAUGAGACUGGCCAAUGGCAGACGAGUGUCGCGAGCAUCCUGUAAAGGUAGUGUUUAUGGUGGAUACGGAAGGAGGCAAGUGAUGAGUUAGUAUCUGAUAAACUACUGCUGUAUUCUCCAUCUCACUCUCUCUCAAAAUGUGUUUCUCCCUCUCUCUCUCUCUCUUUCUCUCUCACAGAGAUAAUGUGUCCAGGCCAUCUCCAAUUGGACAAUGGUGAGUUCUGGCCCAGGGACCAGUGGUUGAAGCCAGGGGAGAGCCAGAGUUUCUCCUGCCACAAUGGCUUCACCCUGUCUGGGUCAGCUCAGAGGAACUGCACCUCUCUAGGAGACUGGAUAGGCACCAUCCCAGUGUGUGAUAACCAAGGUGAGAAGCUCUGUGCCAGAUAAAGUAAGCUUUUGCAUGAUUUUCUCCACAGUUUAGGUUGAAUGUUUACAUACACCUUAGCCAAAUACAUUUAAACUCAGUUUUUCACAAUUCCUGACAUUUAAUCAUAGUAAAAAUUCCCUGUCUUAGGUCAGUUAGGAUCACCACUUUAUUUUAAGAAUGUGAAAUGUCAGAAUAAUAAUAGAGAGAAUGAUUUAUUUCAGCUUUUAUUUCUUUCAUCACAUUCCCAGUGGGUCAGACGUUUACAUACACUCAAUUAGUAUUUGGUAGCAUUGCUUUUAAAUUGUUUAACGUGGGUCAAAUGUUUCGGGUAGCCUUCCACAAGCUUCCCACAAUAAGUUGGGUGAAUUUUGGCCCAUUCCUCCUGACAGAGCUGGUGUAACUGAGUCAGGUUUGUAGGCCUCCUUGCUUGCACACGCUUUUUCAGUUCUGCCUAUUCAUUUUCUAUAGGAUUGAGGUCAGGGCUUUGUGAUGGCCACUCCAAUACCUUGACUUUGUUGUCCUUAAGCCAUUUUGCCAUAACUUUGGAAGUAUGCUUGGGGACAUUGUCCAUUUGGAAGACCCAUUUGCGACCAAGCUUUAACUUCCUGACUGAUGUCUUGAGAUGUUGCUUCAAUAUAUCCACAUACGUUUCCUUCCUCAUGAUGCCAUCUAUUUUGUGAAGUGCACCAGUCCCUCCUGCAGCAAAGCACCCCCACAGCAUGAUGCUACCACCCCCGUGCUUCACGGUUGGGAUGGUGUUCUUCUGCCUUUUUCCUCCAAACAUAACGAUGGUCAUUAUGGCCGAACAGUUCUAUUUUUGUUUCAUCAGACCAGAGGACAUUUCUCCAAAAGGUACGAUCUUUGUCCCCAUGUGCAGUUGCAAACCGUAGUCUGGCUUUGUUAUGGUGGUUUUGGAGCAGUGGCUUCUUCCUUGCUGAGCGGCCUUUCAGGUUAUGUCGAUAUAGGACUCAUUUUACUGUGGAUAUAGACACUUUUGUACCUGUUUCCUUCAGCAUCUUCACAAAGUCCUUUGCUGUUGUUCUGGGAUUGAUUUGCACUUUUCGCACCAAAGUACACUGCAAAAAUAAAUAAAAGGAACACUUAAACAACACAAUGUAACUCCAAGUCAAUCACACUUCUGUGAAAUCAAACUGUCCACUUAGGAAGCAACACUGAUUGACAAUACAUUUCACAUGCUGUUGUGCAAAUGGAAUAGACAACAGGUGGAAAUUAUAGGCAAUUAGCAAGACACCCCCAAUAAAGGACUGGUUUUGCAGGUGGUGACCACAGACCACUUCUCAGUUCCUAUGCUUCCUGGCGGUGCUUUCACUCUAGUGGUAGCAUGAGACGGAGUCUACAACCCACACAAGUGGCUCAGGUAGUGCAGCUCAUCCAGGAUGGCACAUCAAUGCGAGCUGUGGCAAGAAGGUUUGCUGUGUCUGUCAGCGUAGUGUCCAGAGCAUGGAGGCGCUACCAGGAGACAGGCCAGUACAUCAGGAGACGUGGAGGAGGCCGUAGGAGGGCAACAACCCAGCAGCAGGACUGCUACCUCCGCCUUUGUGCAAGGAGGAGCAGGAGGAGCACUGCCAGAGCCCUGCAAAAUGACCUCCAGCAGGCCACAAAUGUGCAUGUGUCUGCUCAAACGGUCAGAAACAGACUCCAUGAGGGUGGUAUGAGGGCCCGACGUCCACAGGUGGGGGUUGUGCUUACAGCCCAACACCGUGCAGGACGUUUGGCAUUUGCUAGAGAACACCAAGAUUGGCAAAUUCGCCACUGGCGCCCUGUGCUCUUCACAGAUGAAAGCAGGUUCACACUGAGCACAUGUGACAGAGUCUGGAGACGCCGUGGAGAACGUUCUGCUGCCUGCAACAUCCUCCAGCAUGACCGGUUUGGCGGUGGGUCAGUCAUGGUGUGGGGUGGCAUUUCUUUGGGGGGCCGCACAGCCCUCCAUGUGCUCGCCAGAGGUUGCCUGACUGCCAUUAGGUACCGAGAUGAGAUCCUCAGACCCCUUGUGAGACCAUAUGCUGGUGCGGUUGGCCCUGGGUUCCUCCUAAUGCAAGACAAUGCUAGACCUCAUGUGGCUGGAGUGUGUCAGCAGUUCCUGCAAGAGGAAGGCAUUGAUGCUAUGGACCGCCCGUUCCCCAGACCUGAAUCCAAUUGAGCACAUCUGGGACAUCAUGUCUCGCUCCAUCCACCAACGCCACGUUGCACCACAGACUGUCCAGGAGUUGGCAUUUAUUAGUUGAGAGUUAGCUGCACCAAUUGUGUUCAAGUGCAUACAGGCGUGCAUAGAGCCCUGCUUACUUACUUUGGUAUAAGAAGCUUUUUGAAUCUUAGAAACACAUUGAUUGACAGGCACAGAGAUGAAUGGCGCUUUUCCUAUUAUACAUUAUAACCCCAAAGCAGGUCAAUGAGAAAGGCUUGUACAAUGUCUCUGCAUAUGCUUUUUGCAGUACUAUAUAAUAUAAUAAUAAACAGUCGGAAGUUUACAUACACUUAGGUUGGAGUCAUUAAAACUUGUUUUUCAACCACUCCACAAAUUUCUUGUUAACAAACUAUUGUUUUGGCAAGUCGGUUAGGACAUCUACUUUGUGCAUGACACAAGUCAUUUUUCCAACAAUUGUUUACAGACAGAUUAUUUCACUUAUAAUUCACUGUAUCACAAUUCCAGUGGGUCAGAAGUGUACAUACACUAAGUUGACUGUGCCUUUAAACAGCUUGGAAAAUUCCAGAAAAUGAUGUCAUGGCUUUAGAAGCUUCUGAUAGGCUAAUUGACAUCAUUUGAGUCAAUUGGAGGUGUACCUGUGGAUUUAUUUCAAGGCCUACCUUCAAACUCAGUGCCUCUUUGCUUGACAUCAUGGGAAAAUCAAAAGAAAUCAGCCAAGACAUCAGAAAAAAUAAUUGUAGACCUCCACAACUCUGGUUCAUCCUUGGAAGCAAUUUCCAAACGCCUGAAGGUACCAUGUUCAUCUGUAUAAACAAUAGUACGCAAGUAUAAACACCAUGGGACCACGCAGCCGUCAUACCGCUCAGGAAGGAGACGUGUUCUGUCUCCUAGAGAUGAACGUACUUGGGUGCGAAAAGUUCAAAUUAAUCCCAGAACAACAGCAAAGGACCUUGUGAAGAUGCUGGAGGAAACAGGUACAAAAGUAUCUAUAGACAGUAAAACGAGUCCUAUAUCAACAUAACCUGAAAGGCCGCUCAGCAAGGAAGAAGCCACUGCUCCAAAACCGCCAUAAAAAAGCCAGACUACGGUUUGCAACUGCACAUGGGGACAAAGAUCGUACUUUUUGGAGAAAUGUCCUCUGGUCUGAUGAAACAAAAAUAAAACUGUUGGCCAUAAUGACCAUCGUUAUGUUUGGAGGAAAAAGGGGGGGCUUGCAAGCCAAAGAACACCAUCCCAACCGUGAAGCACGGCGGUGGCAGCAUCAUGUUGUGGGGGUGCUUUGCUGCAGGAGGGACUGGGAAGGAAAAUUAUGUGGAUAUAUUGAAGCAACAUCUCAAGACAUCAGUCAGGAAGUUAAAGCUUGGUCGCAAAUGGUUCUUCCAAAUGGACAAUGACCCAAUGCAUACUUCCAAAGUUGUGGCAAAAUGGCUUAGGAGUGGCCAUCACAAAGCCCUGACCUCAAUCCUAUAGAACAUUUGUGGGCAGAACUGAAAAAGUGUGUGCAAGCAAGGAGGUCUACAAACCUGACUCAGUUACACCAGCUCUGUCAGGAGGAAUGGGCCAAAAUUCACCCAACUUAUUGUGGAAAGCUUGUGGAAGGCUACCCGAAACGUUUGACCAAAGUUAAACAAUUUAAAGGCAAUGCUACCAAAUACUAAUUGAGUGUAUGUAAACUUCUGACCCACUGGGAAUGUGAUGGAAAUAAAUCAAAGCUGAAAUAUUUGUAUUUUAUUUCACCUUUUUUAACCAGGUAAGCCAGUUGAGAACAAGUUCUCAUUUACAACUGCGACCUGGCCAAGAUAAAGCAAAGCAGUGCGGUAAAAACAACAACAACACAGAGUUACAUAUGGAAUAAACAAAACGUACAGUCAAUAACACAAUAGAAAAUCUAUAUAGUGUGUGCAAAUGUAGUAAGUUAUGGAGAUAAGGCAAUAAAUAGGCCAUAGUGCAAAAUAAUUACAAUUAUAAUUUAGUAUUAACACUGGAGUGAUAGAUGUGCAGAAGAUGAUGUGCAAAUAGAGAUACUGGGGUGCAAAUGAGCAAAAUAAAUAACAAUGUAAAUAACAAUAUGGGGAUGAGGUAGUUGGGUGGGCUAAUUACAGAUGGGCUGUGUACAGGUGCAGUGAUCGGUAAGCUGCUCUGACAACUGAUUCUUUAAGAUAGUGAGGGAGAUAAGUGUCUCCAGCUUCAGAGAUUUUUGCAGUUCGUUCCAGUCAUUUGCAGCAGAGAACUGGAAGGAAUGUUGACCAAAGGAGGUGUUGGCUUUGGGGAUGACCAGUGAGAUAUACCUGCUGGAACGCAUACUACGGGUGGGUGUUGCUAUGGUGACCAAUGAGCUAAGAUAAGGCGGGGAUUUGCCUAGAAGUGAUUUAUAGAUGACCUGGAGCCAGUGGGAUUGGCGACGAAUAUGUAGUGAGGGCCAGACAACGAGAGCGUACAGGUCACAAUGGUGGGUAGUAUAUGGGGCUUUGGUGACAAAACGGAUGGCACCAAUUUGCUGAGUAGAGUGUUGGAAGCUAUUUUGUAAAUGACAUCGCCGAAGUCAAGGAUCGGUAGGAUAGUCAUUUUUACGAGGGCAUGUUUAGCAGCAUGAGUGAAGGAGGCUUUGUUGCGAAAUAGGAAGCCGAUUCUAGAUUUAACUUUGGAUUGGAGAUGCUUAAUGUGAGUCUGGAAGGAGAGUUUACGGUCUAACCAGACACCUAGGUAUUUGUAGUUGUCAGACCCGCCGAGAGUAGUGAUUCUAGUCGGGCAGGCGGGUGCAAGCAGCGUUCGAUUGAACAGCAUGCAUUUAGUUUUACUAGCGUUUAAGAGCAGUUGGAGCUCGUUUGGAGGUUUGUUAACACAGUGUCCAAUGAAGGCCCAGAUGUAUACAAAAUGGUGUCGUCUGCGUAGAGGUGGAUCUGAGAGUCACCAGCAGCAAGAACGACAUCAUUGAUAUACACAGAGAAUAGAGUCGUCCCGAGAAUUGAACCAUGUGGCACCCCCAUAGAGACUGCCAGAGGUCCAGACAACAGGCCCUCCGAUUUGACACAUUGAACUCUAUCUGAGAAGUAGUUGGUGAACCAGGCAAGGCAGUCAUUUGAGAAACCAAGGCUAUUUAGUCUGCCAAUAAGAAUGCGGUGAUUGACAGAGUCAAAAGCCUUGGCCAGGUCAAUGAAGACGGCUGCACAGCACUGUCUUUUAUCGAUCGUGGUUAUAAUAUCGUUUAGGACCUUGAGUGUGGCUGAGGUGCACCCAUGACCAGCUCGGAAACCAGAUUGCAUAGCGGAGAAGGUACGGUGGGAUUCGAAAUGGUCGGUGAUCUGUUUGUUAACUUGGCUUUCAAAUAAUUUCGAAAGGCAGGGCAGGAUGGAUAUAGGUCUGUAACAGUUUGGAUCUAGAGUGUCAUAGGGGUUGCGACAAUUUCGGCGGCUAAUUUUAGAAAGAAAGGGGCCGGGGGGGGGCAGCGGAGGGUGCAGAGCUGGUGGCCGGGGUAGGGGUAGCCAGGUGGAAAGCAUGGCCAGCCGUAGCAAAAUGCUUGUUGAAAUUUUCGAUUAUCGUAGAUUUAUCGGUAGUGACAGUGUUUCCUAGCCUCAGUGCAGUGGGCAGCUGGGAGGAGGUGCUCUUAUUCUCCAUGGACUUUACAGUGUCCCAAAACUUUUUGGAGUUAGUGCUACAGGAUGCACAUUUCUGUUUGAAAAAGUUAGCCUUUGCUUUCCUAACUGAUUGUGUAUAUUGAUUCCUGACUUCCCUGAAAAGUUGCAUAUUGUGGGGGCUGUUCGAUGCUAAUGCAGUACACCACAGGAUGUUUUUGUACUGGUCAAGGGCAGUCAAGUCUGGGGUGAACCAGGGGCUAUAUCUGUUCUUAGUUCUGAAUUUUUUGAAUGGGGCAGGAAGAUGGGGAGGAAAGGACUUUUAAAGAACAACCAGGCAUCCUCUACUGACGGAAUGAGGUCAAUAUCCAUCCAGGAUACCCGGCCCAGGUCAAUUAGAAAGGCCUGUUCGCUGAAGUGUUUUAGGGAGCGUUUGACAGUGAUGAGGGAUGUUCGUUUGACCGCGGACCCAUUACGGACGCAGGCAAUGAGGCAGUGAUCACUGAGAUCCUGGUUGAAGACAGCGGAGGUGUAUUUAGAGGGUAAAUUAGUCAGGAUGAUAUCUAUGAGGGUGCCCAUGUUAACGGAUUUAGGGUUGUACCUGGUAGGUUCCUUGAUAAUUUGUGUGAGAUUGAGGGCAUCUAGUUUAGAUUGUAGGACGGCCGGGGUGUUAAGCAUAUCCCAGUUUAGGUCACCAAGCAAUACGAACUCUGAGGAUAGAUGGGGGGCAAUCAAUUCACAUAUGGUUUUCAGGGCACAGCUGGGGGCUGAGGGGGGUCUGUAGCAAGCGGCAACAGUGAGAGACCUAUUUCUGGAAAGGUGGAUUUUUAGAAGUAGAAGCUCAAACUGUUUGGGCACAGACCUGGAUAGUAUGAUAGAGCUCUACAGUAGAUUGCAACUCCACCCCCUUUGGCAGUUCUAUCUAGAUGGAAAAUGUUGUAGUUGGGAAUGGACGUUUCAGAAUCUUUGGUGGCCUUCCUAAGCCAGGAUUCAGACACUGCUAGAACAUCAGGGUUGGCGGAGUGUGCUAACGCAGUGAAUAACUCAAACUUAGGGAGGAGGCUUCUGAUUUUAACAUGCAAGAAACCAAGGCUUUUGCGGUUACAGAAGUCAACAAAUGAUAGCGCCUGGGGAGCAGGAAUGAUAUCACCAGAGGAACAGAGGAGGAGUAGAAUAAGGAUAGGGCUAAAGGCUUUAAGAACUGGUCUUCUAGUGCGUUGGGUACAGAGAAAAAAAAGGGGCACACUUCCGGGCGUUGUAGAAUAGAUUCAGGGCAUUAUGUACAGACAAGGAUAUGGAAGGAUAUGAGUACAGUGGAGGUAAACCUAAGCGUUGGGUAAAGAUGAAAGAGAUAGCAUCACUGGAGGCACCGAUUGAGCCGGUCUCCGCGUGUGUGGGGAGUGGGACAAAGGAGCUAUCUGAGACAGGUUGGGCUCUACAUUGAAAAAGUACAGUUAGAACUAACUGAAACAGCAAUAGGCAAGGUAUAUUGACAUGGGAGAGAGGCAUAAAGCAGUCACAGGUGCUAUUCGAGAGAGCUAAGACAACAGCAGGUAAUGGCGACGAAAGUUUGAGCUGAGGCUAAACAGGAUGGGGUGCCGUAUAAAGGAACAGUCCAGCAGGCAUCAGCUGUGUAGCUGAGUGGUCAUAAGGUCCAGUGAACCGCAAUAAGUAAGUCCGGGAGCAGUUCAGUGGCUGCUACGCUACAGGCGAGCUGGAGGCACGGCUGUUGAUUGCGUGUGUUAGCGGACGGGGCUAGCAGAUGGAUUUUGUGGUCGUCGCAACGGGAAGCCUGUUGAAACCACAUCAGACGAUUACGUCGGCAGACCAGUCGUGAUGGAUCGGCGGGGCUCCGUGUCAACACCAGGAGGUCCCGUCCGGUUGACAGAGAGGUAGAUAGCCGGGAGAUGGGCUUGGCUCGAGGCUAGCUCAAGGCUAACUGGGGUUAGCUUCAGGACAGUGGUGAUUAGCCAACAACGACAACAAAAAGUGGUGAUCCUAACUGAAAUAAGACAGGGAAUUUUUACUAGGAUUCAAUGUCAGGAAUUGUGAAAAACUGAGUUUAAAUGUAUUUGGCUAAGGUGUAUGUAAACUUCCAACUUCAACUGUAUGCCAUUUAGCAGACACUUUUAUGGAAAGCAACUUACAUUACAGUGAGGGCAUGCAUUUUAGUAUACCAAUAUGUGACCCCUGCGGGACUUGAUCCCACAACCUUGGCGUUGCUUGCUACAUGCUUUACCACAGGAGCAGUAAAAUGAAGGCCUUUGGAUCUUAUUCUUUAAGUUAGUCUUGAUUAGUGCAUGUGUCAUGGCUCAUACAAUAUCUUCUCAUUUCAGCUGAUGACUGUAAGAACCCAGGUGUGCCCCCGGGUGCCCUGCGGUCCGAGGGCCGCUUCCGGAAAGGGGAGAAGGUCCAGUACCGCUGCCAGAUGGGUCUGGACCUGCUAGGCUCAGCCGAGAGGGUCUGUCUGGAGUCCAAGGAGUGGAGUGGCUCAGAGACACGCUGCCAGGGUCAGUGCCUUGACUGGACCAGGCUACACUAGACUAAUACAUUACUUUCUAUGCAAUUUCUAUGCAAUUUUAGUCACCUUUUUAUCUGUAAUCUUCAAUCCAAUGUUAUUUACAGAGUCAAUGUUCUGCACAUGCUAAUAUGUCUCUCAAAACAGCCCAGUAUGCCUUUGACUCCCCCAGUGCAGUGGCAGAGGCUAUGGGAGGCUCUCUGUCUGGAGUCAUGGAUGUUCUGUCUCCUGAGUUCAUAAAGAAAAACAAAGGUGAUCCAUUAUAGUGUGUACGUGCUUGCAUGUGUGAGUAUGCUGUAUCUCUGUAUACUCUGUGUGUCAUAUGUGUGACUCUAAGCUGAAAUCAUUACACCCCCUAUCUUGUCCCUGCUUUAUAUGAGGCACCUUUGGUAGGACCCUGCGGGUGGCUGAUGGUCGUAUGAACGUGUUCAUCCUGAUGGAUACCUCAGGCAGCAUCUCCAAGAUCCACUUUGAGCAGGCCAGGGGCGCCAUUGCUGACCUCAUACGCAAGGUCUUACUUUAAUUUAUGUCCCCACAAACAUUGAGGACACAGAUUAAGCCUAGUCCUAGACUGAAAAUCACUUUCAAUGUAGAUUCAUUUCUGUGUCUGCAAAAUCAGCCCUGAGAAUCCUCAGAAUUUAUGAACUUCUCACGGAUAAUAAACAACACAUUAUUCUAUGAAAUGCCGCUAAAAGACGCUAACGUCUAACUAACAUGUUUCUCUCUCAGCUUGACAGCUACGAGGUUGAGCUGAAAUUCCAGGUGAUCUCCUAUGCCAGCCAGGCUAAAGAUAUUGUGGACAUUGUGUCCAGCAAGGAUGAGCGAGCCAGCAGCAACGUACAAAGUGUCCUAAAGAGGCUGGCAGCGUUUGAUCACAAAAGUAAGUCAGCACCUCUCCCUUUCUGCGCUUUAUGAAGCCAUGACACUGUAUAGGAAAUGCAACCUAACCUCGAAAGAUAUACUUUAGCAGUUGUCAAUUGUUGAGAUGUGCAUGACUGAUUAGCAUACAUUACUGAUUAGCAUACAUUACUGAUUAGCGUACAGUGCCUGGUGUGGUUUGAUACAAUACCUGUCACCUACAGGCCACGGGGUCCAGACUGGCACCAACCUGUACGCUGCUCUGCACCGUGUGUAUGAACGCAUGGCCAUCCUGAAAGAGAGGAACGAGACCCGAUUCAGUGAGACGCAGAAUGUCAUCCUCAUUGAAACAGAUGGUACAUUGUAGGAGGGUUAAACCUACUCAAUAACUUUUUCAAUAUAAUGUUCAUUGUGUAGGGAGAGGAGAGAGGCAUCCAUGUGUAUUCUCUCUGCCCCUGUAGGGUACUCCAACACAGGGGGUAGUCCCCUGGUUGUCCUGGCUAAGAUCCGCUCCCUGCUUGGGUACAGCACCUCGGCUCUUGACCACACUGAAGACAAACUGCUAGGUCAGUUACACAGGCAGCCACACUGACAACCAUACAGUUCUAUGAGGCUUCACUCAAGACUGUAUAUACAGUGGGGAGAACAAGUAUUUGAUACACUGCCGAUUUUGCAGGUUUUCCUACUUACAAAGCAUGUAGAGGUCUGUAAUUUUUAUCAUAUGUACACUUCAACUGUGAGAGACGGAAUCUAAAACAAAAAUCCAGAAAAUCACAUUGUAUGAUUUUUAAGUAAUUAAUUUGCAUUUUAUUGCAUGACAUAAGUAUUUGAUCACCUACCAACCAGUAAGAAUUCCGGCUCUCACAGACCUGUUCGUUUUUCUUUAAGAAGCCCUCCUGUUCUCCACUCAUUACCUGUAUUAACUGCACCUGUUUGAACUCGUUACCUGUAUAAAAGACACCUGUCCACACACUCAAUCAAACAGACUCCAACCUCUCCACAAUGGCCAAGACCAGAUAGCUGUGUAAGGACAUCAGGGAUAAAAUUGUAGACCUGCACAAGGCUGGGAUGGGCUACAGGACAAUAGGCAAGCAGCUUGGUGAGAAGGCAACAACUGUUGGCGCAAUUAUUAGAAAAUGAAGAAGUUCAAGAUGACGGUCAAUCACCCUCAGUCUGGGGCUCCAUGCAAGAUCUCACCUUGUGGGGCAUCAAUGAUCAUGAGGAAGGUGAGGGAUCAGCCCAGAACUACACGGCAGGACCUGGUCAAUGACCUGAAGAGAGCUGGGACCACAGUCUCAAAGAAAACCAUUAGUAACACACUACGUCGUCAUGGAUUAAAAUCCUGCAGCGCACGCAAGGUCCCCCUGCUCAAGCCAGCGCAUGUCCAGGCCCGUCUGAAGUUUGCCAAUGACCAUCUGGAUGAUCCAGAGGAGGAAUGGGAGAUGGUCAUGUGGUCUGAUGAGACAAAAAUAGAGCUUUUUGGUCUAAACUCCACUCGCAGUGUUUGGAGGAAGAAGAAGGAUGAGUACAACCCCAAAAACACCAUCCCAACCGUGAAACAUGGAGGUGGAAACAUCAUUCUUUGGGGAUGCUUUUCUGCAAAGGGGACAGGACGACUGCACCGUAUUGAGGGGAGGAUGGAUGGGGCCAUGUAUCGCGAGAUCUUGGCCAACAACCUCCUUCCCUCAGUAAGAGCAUUGAAGAUGGGUCGUGGCUGGGUCUUCCAGCAUGACAACGACCCGAAACACACAGCCAGGGCAACUAAGGAGUGGCUCUGUAAGAAGCAUCUCAAGGUCCUGGAGUGGCCUAGCCAGUCUCCAGACCUGAACCCAAUAGAAAAUCUUUGGAGGGAGCUGAAAGUCCGUAUUGCCCAGCGACAGCCCCGAAACCUGAAGGAUCUGGAGAAGGUCUGUAUGGAGGAGUGGGCCAAAAUCCCUGCUGCAGUGUGUGCAAACCUGGUCAAGACCUACAGGAAACUUAUGAUCUCUGUAAUUGCAAACAAAGGUUUCUGUACCAAAUAUUAUGUCCUGCUUUUCUGAUGUAUCAAAUACUUAUGUCAUGCAAUAAAAUGCAAAUUAAUUACUUAAAAAUCAUACAAUGUGAUUUUCUGGAAUUUUGUUUUAGAUUCCGUCUCUCACAGUUGAAGUGUACCUAUGAUAAAAAUUACAGACCUCUACAUGCUUUGUAAGUAGGAAAACCUGCAAAAUCGGCAGUGUAUCAAAUACUUGUUCUCGCCACUGUAUAUCUACUCAGAUUGUGUGUGUGUGUAUUUUAUGCAGAUGUCUAUGUGUUUGGUGUUGGGGACAACAUGAAUAGGAACGAGCUGAAUCUGAUUGCCUCUAAAAAGAGAGAAGAGAAACACCUGUUCAUUCUGAAGGACUACAAACAGCUGGGAGAAGUGUUCAACAGCAUGAUCAGUGGGUUGUCUUAGCGUCAUCAUUACAUUUACUGUAACAAGUGCAUUUGAUAAUUUUUUUGUACAAAUUCUGUAUCAAAGUCUUUGAAUGUAGUAUAUUUAGCAAUAGAAUGGCUGAACGACGCAGAAUGAAGUCAAAAAUGUAAUAGUGAUGAUGCAUUUAUUUAUAGGUGAUAAAAGUGUGAUCAUGUGUGGGGUGGCACAGGAAGAUGUGUCAGAGAAUCAGGAGGAGUUUGGGCUCACCAAGAUCGCCUAUACCAGGCCAUGGCAUGUCAAUGUCAUCACGGUAAGCCUUAUUUAACAUAACAUAGACGACUGUACACAAUAAACACUUUACAUUUACAUUUUAGUAAUUUAGCAGACGCUCUUAUCCAGAGCGACUUACAGUUAGUGAGUGCAUACAUUUUCAUACUGAGCAUCAGGAUCAGAUUCAUCAUAAAUGCAUUGAUGACCUGUCUGGCCUUAAUGACAUCCCUUUCAUGGAGCUCCUGCUUUCCACUUCUCUUCUCCAGAGUUGCCACUUUCAGCACUUUUCACUAUGCCACUUUUCCCUUAAUAAGGAUCUCAUGCUAAAAACAUAUCUGACCAUUAUACAGUAAUGACACAUGCAGAGUUUUAGGUGAGGGUAAAACGGGGCACUUUCAAAAGCUGCACUUCCAAGCACUUUUGAAAAAAGGUUAUUUGAUCAGUUAAAAAAAUUAUUGAUGACUGGAUUGAAUGAGGAUUCGAACCCAUCCACCUCAUACUACUCUCUUCACUUGAGUCGCGCGGCAGGAGAUUAAAAAGGCUAAUGUGGACACAUAAUAAAUGUGACACAAUGUGCUGUAAUUAAUGACCCUACCUUGACCCCACGGACACGGAACUCCGCCAGCGCCCUGUUCAUCUUGGCGGCAGCGGCAGGCAGGUCCUUCCCGCUGGCGAUGACUUUGACCAAGAGGGAGUCGUAGUGGGGGGAGAUGAUGGCUCCCUGGAACUCAGAGGCACUGUCCAGACGGAUGCCCAUGCCCUCGCAAAGACAUACCUAAAUACAGUACCAAUGAAUCUACAGUAAAUUAAAUCUACUCUAUUCAUCCCUCUACUCUCAGGUUCAGACUGGCGCUAAGUCUGAGACCUGCCAGGGCUCCAUCGUGACCCAGAGCUGGAUCCUGACCGCAGCUCACUGCUUUUCUGCGUUCAGAUUUGAGGGGAAAGUGGACCAAGAGAAAGUGACUGUGAAGCAUGGUCAGUACCCUACCUAAUUACACAUUGGUCUCUGCAUUGACAUCAAAAUGUUCAUGGGUCAUUUGGCAAUGUGUCUGCCCAUUUAGAAAUACCAAUGUAUAACACGGAUUAUAGAUAACACAGACAACUGAUUAUUCCGAUUAUUAAAAAGGUGAUGUCUAUUCUACCUUUCAUCCCUAAGUAAUGCCAAUGUCCCCCAGAUUUUGAAGGAAAGCAGGUAGCAAAGGUGUUGUCUGUGAUCCCGCACCCACAGUACAACAUUGAUGGACUCAGAGACAAGAAUGUGAAAGAGUUCUAUGACUACGACGUUGCUCUGGUUAAGGUUGAAAAAAUCAAGCUGUCAUGGACGGCGAGGUGGGUUAAGCAGCAACACUAGCUCAUGAAAUCAUUCCCUUAUAAAUCGUUCUCAUUCCAAACCACCACGAUUCCAUCUACUUGGUCAAAUCAUUCACCAGCAAUGACAUUGUUACAAUAUUAACAUGAGUACUUUAUUGCACUCCUGUACCUCCCUGUGUUGUUUAUCUGGUAUGUGUUCUCUACAGGCCCAUCUGCUUGCCGUGUACCAAGCCCGCCAACAGAGCCUUGAAGAUGAGUCCCACCUCCAAAUGUGAACACCACAGUAAGAUGACUACUACUCCUCCUGAACAAACAGAAGGAGUGCAAUAAUUUAUUUGCUUGACAAGCCCAACUCAACUAGUUAACCAACUUGAACUUGUUCCUGAUCACAGUACUGCUGGCCAUGACUGGUGUCUUCCACCCAUGAAUCAGAUCAUUUCUUGGCUUGACUCAAGUUCUAUUUCUAGUAUAUACACUCACGGCCAGUUUACAAAAAUUGAUCGCUCAGACAGUGAGUCACGUGGCCUGCUAUAUAAAGCAGGCAGACAGACAUCAAGGCAUCCAGUUACUGUUCGAUUGAACAUUAGAAUGGCCAAAACGAGUGACCAAAGCGACUUUGAGCGUGGUAUGAUCGUCAGUGCCAGGCGCACCGGAUCCAGUACUAAACAAAAAACAUCCAGUCAGCGGCAGUCCUGUGGGCGAAAACAGCUCGUUGAUGAGAGGUCGAAUAAAUAAUAAACUGGUGAGUGUAUAACAACUGGUUAAUGGAGUGUGUGUGUGUCUACAGAGAAAGCAUUGCUGCCCCUGGAGGAGACCAGGGCUUACUUCAUCAACAAGGGGGCUUCAGUCAAGGAUGCGAAACGCAAGCAAACACACAUUCAUAUAGGGAGUAAGGUUAGUGGUACUCAACAACCAAACACACAUUCAUAAAGGUCAUAGGUCAAAUCCACAGGCCUUCUACAGUAUAAUCUCUAUCGUUGGCUCUGCAUUUACCACUAUUUGUGUAUGAGGAGUGAAUAGUUCUACAAAUGUACUUUGUGAAUAAGACUGAGUUUGUUUUCAUGUACGCCUGCAAAUUAUGUCUAAUUGAUGUGCAUGUUUGUGAAGGGUGCGGUGUUAAUUAGUAGCACCAUUGUUUGAUGUUCCUAUUUGCAGAGGGCUGACUGUAUUAAACAGGCUGAGAACACACUCCUAACUCCUCACAACGCAACUCUGAAUGAAUAUGUGACAGACAGGUUUCUGUGCUCUGGCGGAUCUACCGAUCAUAUAGAUGCAGUAACAUGCAAAGGUAUUUUUGUAGGAAUACACAUUACACAACUCGGAACACAUACAUUCAUUCAUAUACAAAUAAUAUAUGAUAAACUUUUAUGUUACUCUCAUGCAUGAUAUGAUCCAACUUUUCCUAACAGGUGACUCUGGAGGCGCUCUGUUCCUUCUUAACAGACUGCGGUAUUUUCAAGUGAGAAACUCCCCUUCCACUAAAUCUCCUCCAUGAUAAGCAUACUUCAUACUAGCAUAUAGAACAAUGUACCAGUAUCUGGUGUUUCGGUCCAUUAGGCCAAGCUAAGUCUACUUUUUGUAUGACUCUAUUCAAUGACCAGGCAUUAUAGGAAUGAAUCCACACCCACAGUUCUAUUCUAUCUUUCCUGCAGGUGGGAGUAGUGAGCUGGGGCACGAAGAAUGUGUGUGAGCCACAAGACAUAAGUGACAGGCCCCCUCCUGAUGCAAGGGACUUCCACGUUAGUGUCUUCCACUUGCUGCCGUGGUUAAAACAGCACCUGGGGAAUGAGCUGGAGUUUCUACCUAUGGACGACUGA